GUCAUGCUUGGCAACAGCAGAAUUUCUUUCUGUGCAGAUGGAUUGUUUGGACAGUGCCAGGCUCCUCAUCAGGAACCCGUCCAGUAUCAGGUGUCUGUACCCGUCCUGCACAAACUGCAGGAAGUCCUCAAAGACCUGAUGGUUCAGGGUCUUAACUGGAAGGACGACAUGACCCAGGCAAUCAUCAGCCGAGAGCUGAGCCAAGUUCCCACCAUUGAAACCCACUCUAAACUUAAUGAGAAGUCACCCAAACUGUCCUCCAGGUUGCUGGGCUCCAGUCCACAAAGGGGUCAGGGUCCUGAAGAUCAAGCUGACCCCAAGAUGAUGCAGCAGUAUGUGGACUACAUGGUCCUCAAUCCCUCCCGGUCUUCUGUCCACAUGCAGACACCCCUGCUGGACCCAUACACCUACCACAAGCAGCAGUACGGCUACCAGGAGGAGGAGGAGCGCUCCCUCAACACUCUGGAUGAUAACCCGGCCUUCCCGCUCCAUCCCUCCUCCUAUCGCUCCAGAUCUCGAGGAAGUCCUCUGGACCGAGACCGGCAGCUCCUCCAGGAUCUAGUGUCCUUUUAUCUCACUUCUCCUUCCUCCUCUUCUUCUUCCUCUUCCUCACCUGUUCAGUCUCUUCCCCGCCACAGAGGAGCAGUGGCAGCAGCAGCAGCUGGCCUCCCAUCCUCACUGUCCUCCUCAUCUUCUUCCUCAUUUUUCCCGGAGCUGGACUUCCCCCUGGACUAUGGUGAGGACUACGUUUCCCAGGUUGCACAGCAGGAGCCAGCAGAGAAGAAGGCACAGGAUGAGUACGAUGCCCUGUCAGGACUGGAUGAGCGUUCCCUGCAGAGACUGGCUCUGCUGCUCGAUCACUACGGUCUCGACAUGAAGGACUUGUCCCCCGAACAGAAAGAAGAUCUGCCCGCCGCUCUGAAGCAGCUGCAGCUGGAGAGCUCCUACGCCCAAAAGCAAUCCAAAGAUAAAUACGGGAACAAUGCUGCUACAGGAAAGAAGAUCACAGAGGGCUCAAUGGCCUAUAAAAUGUCUGCCCAGGAGGCUCCACCCUCCAACGCCAAGCCUCCGACACCAGAGGGAGUCCAGAAAGAGGCAACACCCACCACAACAGUCAAUCAGGACAAACUGGGGAAGAAGGAUCCAGCAGGUCAGGUGGACGAAUUUGGCUACAUCGUCACCAAUCAGAGCCCCCUCAGUCUGAACGACGGGGUGCGACUGCUGGAGCUGCUGUCGGAGAGGAUCGGCCUCUCCACCAACUCCUUCAUCAGAAUCAGUGUGGUCGGACCUGCGAUCACCUUCAGGAUCAGACCCAACGCCAAGAACCUGACAGCCGCAGACGUGGCCGACAAAGCUGUUGCAGAGAAGAACUUCCUGGAGUCUGAGACGGGCUUGAAGGUGCUGCAGAGCGGUGUUGGAGAGAAGAAUAAUGGGAAGUCUUUGCCCUUGGCGACCAGAGUCCAGCCCCGCUCCCGCUGGGUGUUUGCAAUGCUGGUGGCCAUGGCCUGCAUCGGCGGCAUCCUGGUGGCGGCCAUGACCAUCACCUGCCUGCGCCACCAUGCACACCGACUGGCGGCAAAGAAGCUGGGUCUGGGACCAGAAGGAGGCAGCUUCAGCCACCAGGAGUACCAGGACCUGUGUCGCCAGCAUAUGGCCUCCAAAGGUGCCUUUGGACGCCUUGAAGCUGCCGCCCUGGGUGCUGUGGGAGGAGCAAGUGGAGGAAGUGGAGGAGGUGGAGGUGGAGGAAGUGUUGCGGGAGGCGCAGUGGGAGGCGGAGGUACAGACUCGAGGGUGAGCAGUGUUUCGUCCCAGUUCAGCGACGGCGCCCAGCCAAGCCCCAGCUCCCAUAGCAGCACGCCCUCCUGGUGUGAGGAGCCAGCUCAGGCCAACAUGGACAUCUCUACUGGUCACAUGAUACUGGCUUACAUGGAGGACCACUUAAGGAACAAGGACAGGCUGCUGAAGGAGUGGGAGGCUCUGUGUUCCUACCAGGCCGAACCCAGCGCUGUCUCCAUGGCUCAGAGCGACGCCAACGUGAAGAAGAAUCGCUGCCCUGACUCAGUGCCCUAUGACCACGCAAGGGUGAAGCUGAAGGCAGAGAUCAACCCUUCGCGGUCAGACUACAUCAAUGCCAGCACUAUAAUCGAACAUGAUCCCCGUAUGCCGGCCUACAUUGCCACCCAGGGCCCUCUGUCUCACACCAUCUCUGACUUCUGGCAGAUGGUGUGGGAGAAUGGAUGCACUGUGAUCGUGAUGAUGACAGCUCUGGUGGAGGAUGGAGAGAAACAGUGUGACCGCUACUGGCCUGAUGAAGGCUCGUCCCUCUACCAUAUCUAUGAGGUGAACCUGGUGUCGGAGCACAUCUGGUGUAACGACUUCCUGGUUCGAAGUUUCUACCUAAAGAACGUGCAGACGCAGGAGACCCGGACGCUCACUCAGUUUCACUUCCUCAGCUGGCCAGCUCAGGGCAUCCCUACCUCCACACGCCCCCUGCUGGACUUCCGCAGGUACGGCAGUUAAAUGCCAAAUGGAGAGAGUUAAAUCCCAUUCAAACAAGGUUUUUCUCUGUAUGGGAGGUGGAUUGACUUUCUUAUUUAUGGUCUUGUGAAGAAGAAAGUUUUGAAAGGACACUGUGUAGUUCUGUGAGAAACUAGUACACCCUGACUGCUUCCAUUGGAAUUAACAACGUAAGUAGCAGCGAGGUGUCACUAAUCACAUGCCCAUGAUUAACUGAUCAUUAGUGAGUGUAAGCACUUCUAUAAAAUCUUUUGGCAGUUUAUCUGUAGCAUUCAGUUGUGUGUUAACACAAUGCAACAGUGUUCCCAGGUGUGGACGUCCCAGUAAAUUCACCCCAAGGUCAAUGCUGUGCAAUGCUCAGAGAAACUGCAAAAAACUCAAGAACUACACCUUAGGCUCUGCAGGCCUCAAUUAGCAUGUUAAAGUUCAUGACACUACAAUUAGAAAAUGACUAAACAAGCAUAACUUGUUUGGAAAGAUUGCCUAGAGAAAGCCUCUUUUAUUUGAAAAGAACAUGGCAGCGCAGAGUAGGUUUGCAAAGGGGAAUCUGAACAAAGCACAGCACUUCUGAAACAAUGUCCUUUGGACAGACGAGUCCAAAGUAGAGAUGCUUGGCGAUAACCUCAAAAUGAUAACUCAGCACAUCUGCACAAAUACCACACGGUGGAGGACAGGAGAUGAUUUGGACUUGUUUUGCAGCCGCAGGAGCUGAGCAGCUUACAGUCAUUGAGUCGACAAUGAUUUUUCUGUCUAUACCAAAGUAUUCUAGAGUCAGAUCUGACAGCUAAAGCUUGGCCCAAACUGGGUCAUGCAGCAGGACAAUGAUACCAACUCAGCAGCAAAUCUAUAACAGAAUGGCUGAAAAAGAAUUAAGGUGAUGCAAUGGUCCAGACCUCAACCUGACUGAAAUGUUCUGGUGGGACCUUAAGAGAGCUGUGCAUGAACCUCAAUAAACCAAAGCAAUGUUGUAAA